CAACACUGUUCAUCCAGCUAAAACGUGCUUUCAUUUUUAUUCUGGUUAUCUUUAUUUUGUCAGUGAUACUGCUUUAUUUUUAUAUUUUUGAGAUAGAUUUUAAUUAGCUUUCUAAUGACUUCGUACAGGGUAUUUUCUCCCUCGGUGAAUCCUAGAAGAGAAGAAUUCAGAAAAUAUUUAGAAAGCGUUGGCAUCUUUGAUUCUUUAACUAAAGCAUUUUUAAAUUUAUUUGAAGAAGAGGAUAAACCAGAGGAUCCUUUAAGAUAUAUUAAACAACAAUUGGGAAUUAAUGAUUCUAAUAAUAUUGAAUCACUUAAAGAACAGCUUAUUGAAGCAAAACAGAAAUUGGAAGAAUUAAAAGAAGAAAACAAUGAUCUUCUUGCAAAAGUAUGUGUAGAUAUUGAAUAA